AUGCGUGGCGGUAGCGGAAGUGACGCAGCGUGCUGUGUUUCCGCUGGCUGGUCUGUGCUGGAGCGUCAGAAGCGGAUCGGUUCGGUUCGGUUUGGUUCUUCGCAGUCAGAAGUAUAAACCCGAGGAUCAGAUGUCGUUCGGUGUCCCGCACAGCGGCGGCCGGCGCAGUAAAUGGGAUCAGGCCGGUCCGGUGUCGUCCGGAGAGACUGAUGGAGGUUCUGCUCCGACCGGAGCUCUGGACGCCGCUGCCGCCGUCGCUGCCAAGAUCAACGCCAUGCUGGUGGCCAAAGGAAAACUCAAACCGUCUCAGAUCAGCAGCGCCGCUCCCGCAGAUAAAGUGGCAGGUGUUGGUGGUAAUAAGGUGAAAGAUGACCUGGUGGUGGCCGAGGUAGAGAUUAACGACGUCCCGCUGAACUGUCGGAAUCUGCUGACCCGCGGACAGACUCAAGACGAGAUCAGCAGAGUGAGCGGCGCUGCCGUGUCCACCAGAGGACGCUUCAUGACAGCGGAGGAGAAGAGCAAAGCGCUGCCCAGUGACCGUCCGCUCUAUCUGCACGUCCAGGGACAGACCAGAGACUUAGUGGACAAGGCUGUCAACAGGAUCAAGGAGAUCAUUACUAACGGUGUAGUGAAGGCCGCCACUAACUCGAGCUACAGCGGAGCCACGGUCACCGUUUACCAGCAGCCUGGACCCGCGCCUGCACCCACAAUCCCCUCUGCUGCUCACAAACCACACUAUCCAGGAGGAAUGCAUUAUGUGCAGGAUAAGCUGUUUGUGGGUCUGGAUCAGGCCGUGCAGGGCUUCUGUGUGAAGGAGCGAGUGGAGGGGCCCGGCUGCUCGUACCUGCAGCACAUUCAGGCCGAAACCGGGGCCAAAGUCUUCCUGCGGGGCCGGGGGUCCGGCUGCCUGGAGCCUGCGUCCGGACGAGAGGCCUUCGAGCCCAUGUACAUCUACAUCAGUCACCCAAAACCAGAAGGACUUGCUGCUGCAAAAACCCUGUGUGAAAACCUGCUGCAGACCGUUCAUGCUGAGUAUUCUCGAUUCCUGAAUCAGAUGAGCAGUGCGAUGCCCACACAGGGAUUCAUUCAGCCUCCUGCCGUUAACGGGAUCCCGCCGCAGGCUCCGUAUUACCCCCCCGCAGGCUUCCAGCCGUCCUACCCCGCCCCGGUGCCGCCGCAGCCCAUCGCUCCUCCGUAUCCACUGGCUCCUGCGGCUCCGGCCCCGGGCCCCGUCCCCCCCGCGCAGUACCCCAUCACCCCCGCUCCCGCCAGCGUCCCGGCACAGGUACAGGUACCUGCUCUGUUUCCUCCCGCCGCUCCGGCUCCGCCCACAGCCGUGGCUCCGCCCACCCAGCAGCAGAAGCGGCGCUUCACGGAGGAGGUGCCAGACGAGACGGACCGUGGCCUGCUGGGAUACCAGGUGAGCCCUCGGUGUGUGUUACAUAUGACUAAUUUAGGUGCAGGCAUCUCUGUGGGCAGCUCUGAGAGGUCAGGACCCCCGUCUGCUGCUUCCUCAGGCCCUGAGAGAACAUAACACACAAGAGACAGCAGCAGCAGACUCAUGCCUCCUCCUUGUGCUCCGGCGCCAGUCGACGGUCCGAGAGCUCAGAAAGCAGAUGAGAAGACGCCGGCGCCGAGCCUCCUGGAGCCGCAGGUGAAGCGCGCGCGGACGGGGCUCGUGGCGUACACCGGAGACUCCUCCGACGAAGAGGACGAUCACGGAGCCUCCAGAGCAGCCGGAGCCACAGGAUGGACGUACCGCUUCCCCUCAUCACCGCCCUCACGGCCCAAAACACAGACGCAGACACAGACCAUGCCCUUCUGGAUGGCACCGUAAACACACACACACACACACACACACACACACACACACACACGUUCAUGCCUCCUAAGGACUGUCCCGUGGGAUUAUGGGAGGCUGGAAGAGCGAAGGCCGCUCGUGACGCUGCAGGAUCGUGUCUCAUCGCUCUGCUUUAGUUUCUCUUCAUGGGUUUGAUUUGUGAUGUUACUUCUUCUGAGACGAAUAAACACAAGCAUUGACUCAC